AUAAGUAAAAGAAAUCUAUUAUCAACAUCACAGAAAUGGAUAAAACAUUAUUUUUCUUAAAUAAUCUUAGUUGUUCUUACAGCAAUUAAUUGAUACUAAGAUGAUAUUUCAAAAUCAAUGUUCUCCAGAUCGCAAGAUGUACAAUAAGAAUAGCAAUAAAGUAAAGAAUAUUACAAUGGAAAUGGAAGACUGCGUACUGCGUCCCUAUAUACGUUACCUAAAGAAUAAUCUCAUAAAUUUAUAUAAUAUUUUUUUCUUUCAUGAAACGAAGCACCUGUUAUGCUUUAUGAAUUGUUAAAUCGAUUGCUUAACAGUACACGCUAUAGUAAUUUACACAUUAUACGAACUCCUACUUCACUAUUGCAUAUAUUUUAUAGUCGAUACAUAAAUUACACCAAAUUGGAUAAAUUCACCUCCUAAAUUAUACUAGAAAAAAGAAUAAGAGGCAGCAUUUGUUCGAUCAAUAAAGAAAGAGGGGAUAAUAUGCGCCUCAUUCUUUUCUGCAGUCACAUAUGUUCUGAACGUUGCACCGGCAUGAUCUGUCUCGAAGCGCCGUAUUUUAAUCUGAAUAGAAUUCUUUUGCAAAGUACUGCACUAUGGCCGUUUCAACAAUCAAAACUAGUCCAACUUCAAUUUAUUUUAAUCUCGACAGUUCUCAUGACUGCUAUUAUCUGCCAGGUAAAAAAUUAUGAUUUUACACUAUUAUCAUUGAGUAUCAGAUAGAACUAGCGUGAGAGAGUGGAAGAUAAUAAAUAUCCAUAUGUUACAUGUAUUACAUGUAAAAACUCUUUUUCACAUGUACAUAAUAUAUGUAGCAUCAGAGUUAAUUUGAAAAAUCGAUAGCGUUUUAUAACUAAGAUCCAUCAAUAUCUUCAGCUACGACUUAACUUUAUUCAGAAUAUAUUCAGUAUUUCGUAAUCUAUAAACAACAACUAUACACCUUACUAGUGUGUAAUAUAUAAAAAUUAUUAUCACCAUUAUAAUGUUAAUUGCAUUGUGCAUUUGUAGUAUAAUUUAUAUAUUAUAAAUGUAUCUAAUUAAGAUAUUAUACAUGCUUCCUCGAUACACUAUAACUACAUUUCUUACAUCAAAUGUCACUCCCAAAUUUGCUGUUAAAGUUCUCUCCUCUGUUCUGUUCUUAAUCAGUUUGAUGAUAUUGUACAGUUCAUACCGAUUUAACAUCAAAAUACUAAAGGAUUUGAUGGGACAACUGCACUGUGCGUGCACCAAACUAAGAGAUGAAAAUGAAAUCGCUAUAAUACAAAAGUAUGGCAGGACUGCAAAAUAUUAUACAGCUGCAGUUCUUGUAAUUUUCUUUAUUGCAAAAUCUGCUUUUUGGACCAUUCAAAUUGUAAUACCUUAUCUCGAUGACGUUACGCCUAUAAAUGGAUGCCGACCACAUCGACUAUACAUAGUUGCCGAAUACUUUAUUGAUCAACAAAAAUAUUACUAUGUAAUUUUGCUUCACAUGAAUGCAGCUCUAUUUAUUGGAAUACUAACAGUAAUAACAACGGGAACACUAAUGAUUGCAUAUCUCCAACAUACAUGCGGAAUGUUCAGAAUUGCUUGGUAUGAAACUGGUUAUCGUAUCGAACACGCGAUGGAGAUUAAUGUACUAAAAGAUAUUAGCAAGUGUAAAAAUUUAAACAGCGAAUUUUCGAUAUCUAAGAAAAUAGUUGAUGCCGUAAAUAUUCAUCGAGAAGCCAUCAAAUUGAGCGAGAAUUUGAUAACCAGAUUUGACACAAUGUACUUUUGUUUAACACUGCUCGCAGUGAUUACAAUGAGUCUUAAUCUUUUUCAAGUUUCUCAGACCAUAACAUUUGAAGAUAAUAUAAUGGAAGCUACAGUUCCUUCUUUAAACCUACUCGUUCUUAUUCUAUACGUAUUUCUUGCCAAUUUGUUUGGACAGAAUGUGAUAGACCACAAUAAUGAAGUAUAUACUGCGGCUUAUCGUCUGAUCUCAAACAUUCUUCUCCUUCUAUUCCAUCUUUCAAAUUAUCGAAUCACUACUUGUAGAUACAGCAUUCGAUGGUACAUGUGUCCUCUACAUGUACAAAAAUUGAUACUAUUGCUUUUGCAAAGAAAGGCCAAAGAAUUUCAUUUAACUUGCGGAGGACUGUUCAUAGCAUCGUUCGAGUGUCUAGCAACGUUAACAAAAGCAACAAUGUCUUACUUUACUCUCAUGCAUUCCACAAGAAGAUAAGAAAAAAACAUAUCCCUAAAGACAACAAUAUAUGUAUAUAUAUAUAUAUAUAUAUAUAUGUAUAUUGGAUAUAAGGAAUGUUAAUUAUGUUCAUUACUUAUGUAUAUCAGAACUGAGCACAUUACUAUUUCUAUUUUCAUUAUAUGACAAAUCAGAUAUCUAAUGUAUUAUAGUUUUUUAAAAGCAUAGUAUAUAUAUGUACUUGUUAAAUAGUUUUAGAACGAAUAGUAUAUUAGUAUAAUAGUUUUAGAACGAGUAGUAUAUUAGUAUAAUAUUAGUAUUAUGCCAUGUAGACAUAUGUAAGUCUAUAAAAAUCCUAUGAUAAGUAAAAGAAAUCUAUUAUCAACAUCACAGAAA